AUGCUGAAAAGUACGACAAAGAUUGACAGAACAAAGCGAGAACAAAACAGGAUAUUACUGGAAAAAAAACUAUCCAAAGACUCCGUCACUUCCACGAAGUUCUGUGAUUCGUCCGAGGACAGAGAAGGAGGGUCGAACACCAGUAGUAAUGUGAGCUUGCAUCUGUCGGAGAAGCCAAACAUUACAAGAACGUUAGAUGCGAAUAAUACAAGUUCGUUCGUAUCAGAUCAGAAGACGAAGUCCAAGGGGGGUUCUAUCAAGGCAAGUAAAAAGCAUUCGCAACACAAGUUGAGCAAAGUGAACAUCCUGGAGAAAGGAAACGACGCCAAAGUACAUGGUAACACGUCAGUAGGGAAGUCUAAAAGGAGCAGCAUAAUACGGUUAGAUGCAAGCAAAAUUUCGAGCAAGACCAACAGUGUGAUAGUUGAGGAUUCUAUCGACAACCAGGACCACAAUACUGAGAAAAAAACUGAAAGAAGUAGCACGGAAUUUUUAAACAUUGAAGAGAACACCCCACAUAUUUUAAGUAGGGUUGAUAAAAUAGCAGGUGGUGAUUUUCCUAGGUUGCCUCGCACUAUUUCGUUUAAGGACAAUUUGCUAAGCGCGGAAGGUAAUUUGUAUAGCACCGUUAAGGAAGAUUUCUCAUAUCUUUAUGCACCCAGCAAGGCUGACCCUGUUAGAAGUCAUCUCGGUUAUUAUAACGCACCUGAAGUUUUAAAUUCUUACCCAAGCGGUAGUUUGACCCGCUCAGCGGGGUAUAGUUUCAGUCCAUAUGAUGAAAGCCUUAUGGACGCAGGCACGAACGGCGACUUGAAGCAUUUUUCGACUAAUAUAUUAAGCGCGCAAGGUGGCAUCCACGUGGGGGCGGACGCGUACGGGAGUAGCAAUUUAGGCACAUUCCGAGGUGACACUUGGGGGGCGUAUCACCACGGUGACAAUUGGGGGACCAAACGGAGUGACAAUUGGGGAACCAACCGGAGUGACAACCUGGGUACCUACCGCGGUGACUACGUCGGGGCCUACCCCAGCGCUAACUGGGGAUUUAAUCCAAAUGUACUAAACUCGUAUGAACAAAAAAACGUAACCUUCAGCGAAGGUGUGAAGUCCACCUACACCACGCCCUUUGUACAUCCGAACAACGUUGAACAGCCCUUGGCGAAGGGCGCAGAGGUAUACAAAACAACGGCAAAUGAGAGGUUCCCCCCUUCUAAAGUAGCAAAUGAAAUGGACUUUACAAAUAUGUACACUAGUCACACUCCGAUAGGCAGUAACGACAGCGGUAGAAUAGGGACUUUGGCGAAUUACGAGAGUAAGGGGGAUGCCUAUUUGUCUGACAAGACUUCCUAUUAUGUAAAUAAUGCUAGCGAGAGUACGUCCCUUGGAGGAGGGGUGCAUUUUGGACCUCUGCUGAGUAGAAGGAACGUGUACGACACGUUUGGGGGUGAGUCCGCCAAUGGGAAUGGCGCGGCAGGGGGAGAGAGCGCAUCGGGAUUGGCAUCAGCAUCGGGAUUGGCAUCAGCAUCGGGAUUGGCAUCAGCAUCAGCAUCGGCAGGUGCGCCCGCAUCCGUAUCUGUAGCUGCGGGGGGAAGCAGCAGCACGAGUGGGCUCCCCAGUGGAGGCGACGUCUUGAAGUUCAAAACGGCAGAAUUUUCAAACUACGCGGACUUCAAUUUUAAGAGCAGCACCGCGGAGGAAGAGGGUGCCCCGGAUAGCCUAGACAAUGUCGUGAAAGCAAACGAGGUGAUCGAAAGUGAGAAGGUAAAAAAUGAGGUGUCUAUGUGUGAGCAGAUCACAUCGCAUACUGACUAUUCACGAGCAACACACACUUCGCACGUUGUGGAUAAGCGAAUUGUACAUGAAGGAUUUGAUACGAUUAAAAUCCCGAAAUAUAGGGAAGUAGAGAUAGUAGAAAAAAUUGUGGAAGUUCCCGUGGUGCAUAAAGUGAAUAAGUAUAUAAAUAAAUAUGAAAUUAAGGAAGUAGAGAAAGUAGUUAAGAAACCUAUUAAUAAAUAUGUGGAAACAAAAAUCGAAAUUCCCGAGUUACAUUUCCAGGACAAAAUUGUGGAGGUACCAGAAUUGCAAGAAGUAGUAAAGAUAGUGGAGAAACCCGAAAUUAAGGAGCGUAUAAUUUACAAGAACAAAAUUGAAACGAAAAUUAUUCCCAAGUAUAUUGAAGUGCCUGUGGUGAAAAUUGUGAACAAAUACGAAAGCUAUGACGAUAUAGGGGAGGUAAUAAAGACCGUGCCGGUGAAAAAAAUUGUUGAAAUUCCAAAUGAGGUGAUUCGAAAGGUGAAGGUACCUAUUCGGAAAAUUAUCGAAGAGCCCAAUUAUGUUCCGAUUAUAAAGUACCGUGAUGUACCUAUUGAGAAGAUACGUUAUGUUCCGAAGAUUCAGACGGUGGAGUUAGUUAAGACGAUCCCCAAGGUGAUUGACAUUCCUGUACCUGUGAGAGUUCCGAAAAUAAAAGUGAUCGACAAGCCGUUUUAUAUAAACAAGUAUGUGGACCACCCGGUAGUUGUGCCUGUGUCCAAAACGGUGAAGCCUGUGUAUAAAUAUGGGGGGAAGAAGGUGAUUGAAAUUCCCAUCCAUAAGCCUUACAUCGUUACGCACGACACGGUUGUGCCUAAGGAUGUGCAGAGUGGCAUGAGCAACGGUAGGUGCUCCGUGUACGCCAGGAAGCUGGACCUGAAUGCAUUCGACCCGGCCAAGCGAAAUGAGCUCUUCAGCUUGGUGAACGGGGGCACCUUCAGCUUGGAGCGGUCUGUGAGCGUGGACAAUUUUGUGCGGGGCGGCAACAUCGGCGGUAUGAGCGGUAUGAGCGGCAGCAUCAGUGGCAACAUCGGUGGUGGCAACAUCGGCGGUGGCAACAUCGGCGGUGCUGGGCGUCCGGGCGGGUUGCACUUCUCGAAGAGCCUGAACAGUGGCGCGAAUGCUGACGUGAAUGUACCCAACCUGCACGCAGCGUACGGCGUCGACUUCUACUCAAACGGUGUGGGCCUCGCGAACCGGGCGAGCGGCUUGAACGCGCCGUUUGUGGGCGCGGGAGGUUUACCCAGUGCGUCUAACCAGCAAGGGCUACACCCAAAUUUUACACAGCCAAUUUCGAUGCACAAGGCGAAUUGCGACACGGGGAGAAAGGAUGGAAGAAGCAGUUUACCCUUUUUGCGAAAUGGUUCCAACCGUGCCGAGCAAGGCAGAAACGACCUACCGGAGGGGCUUGCACAUAGCUCGGAUUUCCAGCGCCGCUUUGCCAGUAGCAACCCAUUGUUCGAAAGGAGGGGGGUUGUGAACGGGCACGGAGGUGAGGGAGAAUAUAAGGGAGCAUAUGCGGGAGAAUAUAAGGGAGCAUAUGAGGGAGCUAAUACGGGAGCAUAUAAGGGACCAUUCGAGAGUGCAGCUAAUGUGGCCAGCAAAAUUGGGGGUGGCGAAUGCCUAAGGAGGUACCAAUCCAGUGCUCGCGCAAAUGUGUCUCAGUGUGUGGGCUGGGGUAAUAACAAAAGUAUGCGUCACAUGGGCAGCAUGGGGAAUGGCAGCGGCGCGCAGAACGGUAACGGUGUGAGUCAUGCCAACUCGAUGAACCACGCCAAUUCGAUGAGCCACGCCAAUUCGAUGAGCCACGCCAACUCGAUGAUCCACGCCAACUCGAUGAUCCACGCCAACUCGAUGAGCCAGGCCAACGCGAUGAGCCACGCCAACAAGAUGAGCCACGCCAACAAGAUGAGCCACUCAAACAGGAUGAGCCACUCAAACACGAUGAGUAACAUGAACACGAUGAGUAGCAUGAACAACGGCACGUGUGCACUUCGGUCGAGGAGUCCCAGUGCGUGCUCAGCCGAUGGGAUCAGCGCGUACGUGGUCGAGUAUGUGGGCGACGAGGAUAAGAGGUUCAGGGACGGUGGGUUUUCCAAUGGGUUCGGUAGUAACCAGUUGGCAGAUGAGAUGGGAAGUAAUUAUUCAUUCAGCGGGACGGUCAUUAAUUCGAAGAAUGAGUGA